AUGUCAUUCCAAAGCCCUGCCACCACAUGCACGACAGAAGUUCCCACGCUCGGACAGCUGGAGGGAUUUCAGUUCGCGAAUGGAGUGCAACAAUAUUGUGGAAUUCCAUACGCCGACCUGCCCAAACGAUGGACAAGAUCAGUUCUCAAGACCACCUGGGAAAAUUCUAGGCACGAUGGAACAAAAUUGGGCAACGACUGUCCUCGGCCCUACUCCGAAGGGGACGACAGCGACGACCUUGUUCCUGUGCCACCAGCUGCUCACUUUCCAGUUCUUCCUAAGACAGAUGAGUUAACUGGGCUCGUGAUGAACAUUGUUAUUCCUUUCGCGCCAACCUCCAAGAAGCGAAGUCUUCCCGUCAUGGUAUAUGUCCACGGUGGCUCCUUACUCUACGGAGGCGCAAAUCUUCCCAUCUUUGACGCUCCGAUUAUAUGUGUAAACUUCAAUUACCGCGUCGGACUAGGAGGCUUUCUCGCCAGCGACGCCAUACGCCGUGAUUUGCGAGACGACGGCUUUCAAGGCUGCGGCAACUUUGGCUUCACUGACCAGCAAGUCGCAUUCGACUGGGUACAACGAUAUAUCGCGGCUCUCGGUGGAGACCCCGAUAAUGUCACUGCUGUAGGGGAAUCUGCUGGUGGGAUCUCAAUUAGUAACCAGCUUGCAGCUGCUCAUCCACCGAGAUUCCGGCGCGCCGUCUGUAUGUCUGGACUUUCUGUCUCCAUUCCUCCUUGGACUAUGGAGCAACAUGAAACUCUAUUCCAGGCUGUUUGUCGGUAUUUCAAGAUAGACGCGUCACAACCUGAUGUAUUGGAUCGGCUCCGGCAGAUUCCACAGCAAGACAUGGCGAAUGCGACCCCGGUCAUCCAGGGCGUCCUUUCGGGAACGGGCAACCCUUGUCUCGAUGGGUGGUUUUAUCAGACUGACCCCUGUGAGAUACAGACAGCACCAAAAUGGCUUGAAGCAUUGAUGGUGGGAGAUACGUACCACGAAGGGGUCAUUUUCCACUUGAACCUUCUCGACGACGAUUUUGCUUCCAUUCGCCGAAUAUUGUUAGAGCAUAUCAAUGAUGACGACGAGACGGACCAGAUCCUAAGGGAAUACGACAUACACCCGACACUUCCACAUGACAUGCUCCUCGAGCGCGUCGAACACAUGUGCGGAGACGCGGUUUUCAAGAUUCCCAACUAUGCCACUGCGCUGGCAAACUCGGCGCUUCACGACAGGGGUUCUCUAUUCCUGUACCAUUUCGACCAGCGCUCUCGCCUUAAAAGUCCACUAGAGGGAACGGCGUACCAUGCGCAUGAGCUUUUGUAUCUUUUCAGAAAUCUCGAGACAGAGAUGGAUGACGGGGAAAGAGAAAUGGCGCGGGGUUUUGCUGCUGCUUGGAUCAGAUUCUGCAAUGGGGAGGCACCAUGGUCGGCAUCCAAAGCGGAGUGGAAGGUUUGGGGACCAGAUAGUGUUCAGUCUGUUAAAAGCGAGGAGGAGGAUGAAAACGCCCGAUCAUAUAAACGAAUGAAGCGGAUUCUGGGAAUGGGUAACGGGCAGACUUGGAAACGAUGGCUAACUGGAGUGGAUGUGCUGGUGAACAAGAGGAUGAACAUGGGAAAGGCGGCAUAG